AUAUCCAAACUCUGUUUUAGUGAAUUAGACUGAAAACUCACCGACUCUUAGAUAGGGAAAGUAACCCGGUUGCAAAGAUGAAAAACUUUGUUCAAUUAUCGAUAGAACAAGAGACAUCUUAAAUGAAUCUACCCAUGUGACAAACAGAGAAAAAAGUUUCUAUUUCAGAAAGUCACUAUUUACACAGGAGUUCUAUUUAUAUUGAAUUGCAAAGGACAACUUUGAGAGUGGAACAGAAUUGUUCCUAAUUAGUCAAAGGAAACCAUAUCCAAUCUUGAAGUAUUGUCAUUCCACAACAAUCACUUGACCGAUAACUUAGGAACUACAACGUCUUUCAGCCAAGAGUCAUGUUGGCCUUAAUUGAUGUCCUUAUAUAAGACAUAUUCACAACUUUUUAAAAUCGAACAAAGGAUAGACAACUUGUGUAGCUAUUACAUCAAUAAUGGCUUGUAUUUAAUGAUAAGUCAGUAUGACAAUCUUCAUCAUACUCUUCUCCAAAUUCAAUUAGAUAUUUUUGUAUUUAUAAACUCUGGCUACGAACGGUUGCACAUAAACAGACUUCCCAUUCAUUGCAAUUCUCUGUUUCCCACUAUCUUUCGUCUGAAACUUACAAAAAGCUUGUAUCUAAUUAGACAUGUAUAUAGGAGUUUGCGUAAUACCAAUCAAUCUAAUUCACCACAAAAACUCAUAGAAACCUAUUUCCUGUAUAUAAUAAAAGAAAGUUUCUAGUUAUGACAAGCAAGAAAAUAUUCCGGCUUUCUCUCUAUUGUCAUUGUGAGUCUAGAAGUGUCAACGAGAUCAGUUUUACCAAUCACCAAAUAAAGCAACCGCUCGAACAAUAAAACAUACACUCUUUCC